AUGCCUGCGAUUGAUAUCAUCAUCGGUCCGGCUAUCCAAAUGGCCGAAGCGGCGUCUUUAGGCAUGCCUUUCGAAGUCUGGAAAACACGAAUGGGAAGACACCGAACGGAAGGAACUGUGGAGGCGUUGAAAAACGUGUACAAAUCCGGAGGCGGAAUACACGCGUUUUGGAGAGGCACGUCGGCGAAAAUGGUCGAAAGUGGGACGAAAGGCGCGAUAUUGAUGUACGCGAAAGAGGGAAUAAACGAGAGUUUGUUGAAAAACGACGUGGAUCCAGGCGUCGCCGGGGUUCUCGCCGGCGCCGGUGGAGGGAUCGCGCAAGUUUCCGUCAUGGGUCCGUGCACGUAUUUAGUCACCGGCGCGGUGAACGAUCCGUCCGGGAAAUCGAGCGUGGAGAGAAUAAAGGAAACGUACGCGAGAUCUGGAGUGAAAGGGUUUUACCCGGGAGGAACCGCCAUCGCGUUUCGACAGGCGACGAACUGGGCCAGUCGUCAAGGUUUCACCGAAAUCGUUCGCGAGAAAGCGAAGGCGGUUUGGUACCCGGACGUCGAUGCGAAAGAAGUGAAGAUGACGAAAGGACAAGAAGUUAUAUGCGGGGUAAUUGGCGGGACGAUGGCGUGUUGGAACCAUCCGUUUGAAGUCGCUCGAAUAGAAGCGCAAACCAGAGGGAGUUUGGGACAAGAAACCGGGAGCAUGGUGAGCGUGAUGAAGGACAUCGUCAAAGAGAACGGCGUCGGCGGGUUGUUUCGCGGGAUCGUUCCAAGAGUCGGUUUAGGCAUUUGGCAGACGCUGUUUAUGGUCACGGGGGCGAAGAUUUUGAAAGAUGAGUUGAAGGAGAGAGGGCUGUUAGAAAGCUCGGGCGGCGGCGGCGGACAUUAG